GGGGGGGAGUCCCUCCAGUGCCAGAGCCAGAAGCCAUCUCCCUGAGGAUGGGCAGCCAGGGGGGCGUGGGGAGGAGGGAGCCAGGGCCCCCCACCCUCUCUGUGGCCACAGCCAGGGGCUCCUCACACCUGCCCUGGCACAGUCUCUCUGAGCUGGGCAUGGGGGACUUGGAGACUCAGACCCCCAACCCCAAGGAGGUCCUGAGGGUCCCGGCCCAGGGCAGAGAAAUCAAGUCAGUCCUGCCCACGGGAAGCCAGGGGGUGCAGGGCCACCUGUCAGAGGAGCAGAAGGAAGAGGAGGAGCCAGCGGGGGAGGCCUCUGGGGAUGCAGGGACCCCAGAAAGGCGCCACUUUGCCCAGGCCCUGGAGGUGGAGCGAGAACACCUGCAGAGGGCCAUGGGGCCCCUGGACGUCAGCCUUGAGGCCCUCGCCAGGGAGCUGGAGCCAGAGAAGGAGUGUCUACUUGACAGAGACCUCAGGCUGGCCUCUUUCAAUGGAGGAUCGACCCCCUGGAACCACCUCCUCACUUUGUACAAGCAGCUUCAGAAGUCGGCCAUGGCCAAGUUUCCUCUCAUGGAAGACUUGCCCCACGAGGAGGAAGAAGAGGAGACCAAGGAAGAGGACAGCUCACUCGGCCUCUGUGUCCCGGGCACUGCCGGCCUCCAGUCACCCCUGCAGAAGUCUUUUAGUCCCACGGAUACAGUGGGUUUCGUGCAGUCAGAGCUGAAGAACCUUCUGGCAGUACAGCGAGAGUCACGCCUCUGGAAGGUGGGCAGCCAGGAGGGCCGGGAGCUGCUGGCCCAGCCGGAGAUCACCCUGCAGGAGGCAGGCGUUGUGGAUGGCCAGGGACACCAAGCUGAGGGGGAAGGAAGCCGCCCCCCAGCCUUUGGGGAAUGCUGGGGACCUGGGGGAGGGGCACAGAGGCAGCGGAAGCGGCACCCUAGGCUGGAGGGAAGGGUGCACAGCCCCCUUGGCGUGGUGUCCAGGACAGAGCACCUGCUCCUCGAGGAGAUGGACGAGAUGGGAAACUGGCCUCCCGAGUGAAGCCGCGCUGGCCCCAGCCUGCCCUGCCCCAGACCUCGGAGCUUCGCCCGGGAUGUCUCUCUCCUCUGAGGGCACGCCAGGGAGCCCCUAGGGCCAGGCUUUCUGGGGGUGAACAGUGCGCACGCGUCUGCAGGGUGGGCCUGCCCACACCGUCCCCACCACCCGACUCGGGCCUGCGGCCUUAGGAAUAAAAGCCUAGUUUGA